GAGGUUGAAUUGAAACACACGGUGAUGGUGAUACGAACACCAAAAAAGGUCGAAGGCAAAGGUGAUUACAAGAAUUAAUAUGGAGAAGAACCUCUGCGUUCUUUUAAGUUAUUAAAUUGACUUUGUAAAAUGGACUUAAAUUCUUGUGCUUAUUGUGGUAAAGUUGGCAGUUUAUCAAGGUGUUCCAGGUGUAAGUGUGUAUUUUAUUGUUCGAAAGAGCAUCAGACUCAGGAUUGGAAGAAACACAAACUACAUUGUGGUGACAGAUCUAAGCCCUCGACCGAUUUUGUUAAUUCAGUUGCCAAUAAUGAUGCAGGAAAGAAUGCAACUACAUCUUCAAGUUGUGUAUCUUCUGAGGGGAAGAAAAAUAAACACACUAGUCGUUCACAGAAAAAGUUAAGUGUGAAAAAUACUGUUCGCAACGUAAGUCCUAUCAAUUAUGAUGAAGGUAGUUUUGAAGAAGAGAUUACUAAUGCCAGAACGGAGGACUUAAAUCCAACUUUGAAAUUAUUAAAACCUGGUAUAAACAAUUCUCCUUCAUCUAGCAACUUAGUUAACAACACAUUAGGGCUAAAUAAUCAAAUGUCAACUUUGGGUAGUGUGCAAGCCAAAGACCAGUCCAUCUUAGGCAUUCAAGGAAAACCUACUCCAGAUGUGUCUGAUAUUAGGCUUGAUGGUUUACCACCAUUUCACCAUCGUAAUGGAUGUGUUGAACCAGAUAUUAUUGAGUUAGUAUGUAGAAAUGUCAUCAAAGAUAUGGAUACAUAUGGCGUAUGUGUAGUGGACAAUUUCCUGGGUCCUGAAAGAGGUAUGGCAGUAUUAGAAGAAGUUACUAACAUGUAUCAAGCUGGUGUUUUUAAGGAUGGAAAACUUGUUAGCAGUGUAAAAGAAAAGGAUCCUAAAACCAUACGUGGAGAUCAAAUCACAUGGAUUAGUGGAAAAGAAUCAUUCUGUAGAAAUAUUGGUCUUUUAAUCAGUGAAGUAGAUGCUGUUAUUAUGAGAGCCAAUAAGAUGGCAGAGAACGGGAAACUUGGGAAAUAUAAGAUUAAUGGAAGAACAAAGGCAAUGGUAGCAUGUUAUCCUGGUCACGGGUCUCACUAUGUUAAACAUGUGGACAACCCUCACCAAGAUGGAAGAUGUAUUACAGCUAUAUAUUAUUUGAACACAGAAUGGGACAUCAAGGAGAAUGGUGGCUUGCUUCGGAUUUUCCCCGAAGGGUGGGAUCAAGUUGCUGACAUUGAACCAUUGUUCGACCGCAUAUUAUUUUUCUGGUCUGAUAGGCGAAAUCCACAUGAAGUACAACCUGCUUACAGAACACGAUAUGCUAUAACGUUGUGGUAUUUUGAUGCUGAAGAGAGGGAAAACGCUUGCCGAAGGAACCAGCAAGAGAGUAUGUGUUGUGUGCUUUCACAUCCUCCCAUGGUCACUAAUCGUAGCUAACCUCAUGGAAACCUCACAAGCUAACCUGAAGAAGUUGUCACUGUACAGCUUUGUAAUAUACUCUGUUUAAUAUUGUAUAAUUAUUAAAGCCUGGAGUAUUCUUUUAAUUUUGUACAUACUGUAUCUAGAAAUGCCCAAUCAAAUUUUAUUUUUCUUGUCCUUAAACAAAUUGCAUUGCAAUAAA